AUGGAGAACAAUCCUCCAGCCGUUGGUAUAAAUGUAACUUCAUCUGUUGAGGAAGAACAGGAAAGUAAGCUCAAGGCAAAAUAUCCAGGUCUCAACAAACAAGGUGUUGGUUCCCUGUUAUUGCAAAAACGAUUGAAUCGUGGGCAUAAAUACUUCGAUUCCGGCGAUUACAAUAUGGCAAGAGCAAAAAUUUUACAACAACAAAAACAUGUACUCCCUCCUCAAACUGAAGAAGCUAUACUUCAUGAAUCAACUGGCGAAACUAUGGCUACUCCAGACAGUGUACCGGCAGUUCGUAAAAAAUCUAUCUUAUCACCGAAUGGUGUCGUUGAGUCUGUUAUAGUCAAUCCUGUUGCUGUUUCCGCUCCAUCCAAAGCUACUGCUGCUGGUGGUGGUGGAGAGACAAAUACUUCAAUUUCAUGA